AUGCAAUACAAACAAACAUUAUCUGUUGCUGCACUAGCUUCAACUGCCUUAGCUGCUUACAAACCAAACGAACCAUGGUCUACUUUAACGCCAACUGCAACUUAUUCGAAUGCAUUAACUGAUUAUACUGGUUCUUUUGGUAUUGCAGUUGUUCCAUUAGCAACAACUGCAUCCUCUUCAGAUGCCAAGGCUAAGAGAGAUGCUGUUUCCCAAAUUGGAGAUGGCCAAAUCCAAGCUGCUACUACUACCGCUUCCACCAUUGCUCCAAAGAAAAGCACAGCUGCUGCUGUCUCUCAAAUUGGUGAUGGCCAAAUCCAAGCCACUACCAAGACUGAAGCUCCAAAGAAAAGCACAGCCGCUGCUGUCUCUCAAAUUGGUGAUGGCCAAAUUCAAGCCACUACUAACACCGUUUUAACAAAAGAAAGUGCUGCUGCAGUUUCCCAAAUUGGCGAUGGUCAAAUUCAAGCUACUACUAAAGCUCAAGCUCCAAAAAGCACAGCUGCUGCCGUGUCUCAAAUAGGCGAUGGACAAAUUCAAGCUACCACAAGAAAAACUACUACCUUAGACGGCAAAACCUUCACACCUUCUGUUACUGAAGAUGGCUCUAAAACUGCCUCUACUUCUUCAGCUCAAAGCUCUCCAGCUGAUGAAGAUUCCUUCUUCCAAGCUGAAGCUUGUAAGAACAAUGGUACAUUAUCUAUGACUUUAAAAAAUGGUAUUUUAACUGAUAUUAAAGGCAGAGUUGGUUCUAUUGUAGCUAACAGACAAUUCCAAUUUGAUGGUCCACCACCACAAGCUGGUGCUAUUUAUGCUGCCGGUUGGUCUAUUACCCCAGAAGGUAACUUAGCUAUUGGUUCUAAUGAUGUCUUCUACCAAUGUUUAUCUGGUAAUUUCUACAAUUUAUAUGAUGAAAGUCAAGGCAAACAAUGUCAAAAAGUUUAUUUACAAGCUAUUGAAUUAGUGAACUGUUAA